AUGCUGUCAGGCAGCCAUGGACUCCGAGGAUGUCCGCUCAGAGUGGCUUGCUGGGCAGCUCAGCAAGAAUAUGCUAACCCUAGAGACAUUAUCAAUCAAAUCGUGAACAACAAACUUCUCGCAUCAAUGGUGAAUUCUUCGGCUGUGGAAGACGCGAUGAUCUCCGGAAGACACGGACGCAGCUGCAGCAGUUACGGGCCAUGCCCUCUUCAGGAACAUCAUGUACCAAUGCUAAUGUCUAACCUCGCUAUAUUGACUAAUACACCUGGUUUCAAAUAG